ACUGUUGGCCUUGGCUGCCAACGCGUGUGGAAGGAGCUCGCGGUGGUGUCCUGGUGGCUGUGUGCUCGGGACAGGCGCGCUUCUCCUGCGGAUUGGGUUUGGGCUUGUUGCUCAGUGGCCUUCCUCCGCGCAGACAUUCCUGCUGCGGAAGGAGACACUGACAAGGGGAAAGCUUGAUUCCUCCACAGCAUGAGGAGGAGAAAGUCUCCCCAGAGAUCAAAAGGGGCACAGAGGCCCCCUGGAAGGGUGAGGGUGAGAGGAGCUGGCAGGAACUUGGAGGAGGCAGAAAUGGAGAGCAGCCAGCUCCCAGGAAACAGGUAGGAGGGAGGUUUGUUCCUCCCAGGGACACAAGCUGUUGGGCAGCAGAGAUGGAGCAAAUGUGGGGCUGGGGACAACACAGAGGGACAUCCAUGACGGUCGUGGGUAAAGAGGCACCGAGCUCAGAAACACUCUGGAGGAGAGGCUAAGCUGAUAGCCCACUGGGCUGUAGCUGUAGCCAAGUCCGUAUCCCAUGGGAACACGGGGUGAAAAUGAAGCUGGCAUGCUGCUCAUAUCCUUUUCAUGCUGCUUGUAUCCUUUCCAUGCUGCCCAUUGUCGCCAUGCUAAGGCUGCUCCCUGGGAGGCUUCCCAAGAUGUCUGUUCUGGCUGGGGCCUCCAAGCUGGUCAGUCCUGCUGACCAUGGCUCCCGUGGUGUGGAGACGGUGCACAGCAGGGCUUUUCAUUUUCCUCCACAGCUGCACCUCCUCUCUGGUGGCCCAGGCAGGGCCAGCCAGCUGCACAUGCACUGCUGCGAAUGCGGAGGAGCCAAACAUCUUAAGUCUUCUGAGAGAGUCACUGGUUGUGGUUUCCCUCAAGAAACUCUAUGGCACAAACAUCACCUAUAUGAAAGAGACUACCGUAAAGAAGUCUGUGCUCUGCAUGCUCCUUUUUCUGAUCUUCCUAUCUGCUCUCAUUGGUGCCUACGGUGGAACCACAUUGGCAAGAGUACUGUGGACAGAGGAUCUCUUGCAGAUGCUGUCGCUGCAGACUGCUCCACGCCCGAUGAACUCCGGGAACUCGCUGACUGAAGAAACCCAGGGGAUUGAAAACCAGAGGAAUGGGGUGUCUUACCUGGCUGAAGAGCGUGGCAUUGCAAUGAAGGAUGCCCAGGACUUGAGAGAGGCAGUGUGUGUGAUACCUAAGGAAAAGUGCUUCACAAAGUAUGACCGGGCUCUGAAAAGUGCAGGUGUCUCCAUAGACCUGCAGAGAUCAUCCAGGUCUGCAUGGCACUGCAAGGUGGCUUGGUUCCUGUGCACUCAAAACGUGGUGGAGACCUUUGAGCAGCUGGACAUGUCUCCAGGCUACUGCUGGCGUUUGAAAGCAUCUCAGAGCCAGGUGGUCUUCAACUUGCCCACAAAAGUCCAGCCGACUGCAGUCACUGUGCAGCACUCAGUGGAAACAAACCUGUGGCACGUCAGCAGCGCUCCCCGUGAUUUUGCUGUCUUUGGCCUGGAUGAGGAAGGAGAGAAGGAAGCUUUGCUUGGGAAAUUCACCUAUGAUGUCAGGAAAGAGGUGACCCAGACCUUCCAACUGCAGGUACAGUCAUUGCGUAUGGGCAGGAGACCAUUCCAGAAACACUGCUUUGGCAGCAAGUCAGUGGCAGGAGGAGUGUUGGGGAGUCCCUGCCAGGGCAGGGGUCCAGCGCGGGCUCAGAGAGACACGCUGAGGUUCAGAGGGCCGAGAGCACGCGACAUGGCAGGGUAGCUGGGAGGAUGAAGCAGGGAGAGCGCCACGUUGGACCAAGCACUGUGCACAGAGUUCCCAGCAAUGCCCACCUCUUUUGGCAGAGCCUUGCAGUCCCACGUGUGUUGGGAGAAGGCCUGAAAUGCAAGUGUCAGGUGGUAAGAGCCAAGAGACAGUGCCACGGGCACGCCCUGUUCCCAGUGGCUGGUCGGUUGGCAUCUGUGGGCCUGGGCAGACGGAGGAGCUGCUGUCGGUGCGGGCACUCCUAGACAGCCCCCAUGCAGGUGUGCUCCCCAGCCAUAUGGCUGUCCCCUGGGACCACAUGGCAUCAGGCUUCCACCGCUGCUCCUCCUGCUCCCACAGGCCAGACGUUGGCUCUGCUGGGGCACAGGGGGCCUUAGUGGGGCCGCCUGGGAGAAGGGAAGCAGAGAAAAGCCUCCUCCUCGGCCAAGGAGGGAGCUGGCCCCGCAACAGGCAGCGUGCUGACGAGGAGAUGCAUGGAGGCAGCUGCGGUUGCUUCCAGGCCAGGAGUUAAGUCUCUUGUUGUCCUCUU